AUGGCAUCCGCCACGAGCACGGGUACGGGCAAGGGAACGGGCGAGGGGGAGGGCUCGGAGUCGGAGUCGGAGCUCAUUGUCCUGACCUGCGCGAGCGGCAGGCAAUGCACCCAGAUCAUCCCGCUUUUGUACGGCAAGUCGUCGCUGCGCCUGGUGGUCAACUCUGAGAAGUCGCGGGCGCAGCUCGCGGAACAGUAUCCCGACACCCAGGUCGUGCGGGCGAAUCUCCAGGUUCCUCAGGAGUGCGCGGAUGUCGUGGACGGCGCCACCACUGUGUUUUACGUCGGUCCGCCUUUUCAUCCGUACGAGGUCACGCUGGGGAUGAACAUGGUCGAUGCCGCUGUGGCGGAGUCUCGUCGACGCCGGCAGCAGCAAGAUUCGAACGGGUCAGACUCAGAUGACGUCUCGCCGUCCAAGCCCAGCGCGGUCCAUUUUGUCUUCAGCUCCGCCCUGCAUCCGGAGGCUAGCAAGCUGCUGCACCACGACCAGAAGCGGCAGAUCGAGGAGUACCUCGUCGAGUCCGGCCUGUCGUACACGAUCCUGCAGCCGAGCACGUUCAUGGACAACUUCAUCGGCCAGCUGCUGGGCCAGAAGGACUCGUCGAGCGGGGAACCGGGGACCUUCAUGGCGCCGUUCAACCCAUCCGUGCCCAUGUCCUUCUCCGCGGUGCGCGACCACGCCGAGGUCGCCGUCAAGGUCGUCCGCGAGCGCGCGCGCCACUUCUUCGCCACGUACCAGCUCGUGAGCACCCUUCCGAUCACCACCACCGAGUACGUCGAGUCCAUCUCCGCCGUUAUGGGCAAGCGCUUCGACAUCAAGCGCACUCCCUUCGAGCAGGCUGCGGAGAUGUUCGUCAAGAUGACUUACGGGGUUGACAAGGCCGAUGACGUGGACCAGUCCUUCAGGGACGCGCCAGAGCACAUGUUGCUCUACUACAACAAGAGGGGUCUGCUGGGCAACCCGGGCGUCUUGGAGUGGUUGUUGGGCAGGAAACCGACCACGCCGGCGGAGCUGGCGAGGCUGAAGCUCAAGGAAGCUGAAUAG